AUGACAGCUCAGCAAAAUGGCACCAUCUCCAUUGAGGUUUCAGACUUCCUCCUGAAUUGUUUUGUCAGGUCUCCCAGCUGGCAGCUCUGGCUGUCCCUGCCCCUCAGCCUCCUCUUUCUCCUGGCCAUGGGGGCCAAUGCCAUUCUCCUAAUCACCAUCCGACUAGAGACUUCUCUGCAUGAGCCCAUGUACUAUCUGCUUAGCUUUCUCUCCCUGCUGGACAUUGUGCUCUGCCUCACCGUCAUCCCCAAGGUCCUGGUCAUCUUCUGGUUUGAUCUCAGAUCCAUCAGUUUCUCUGCCUGUUUCCUCCAGAUGUACAUUAUGAAUUGUUUCUUGGCCAUGGAGUCAUGUACAUUCAUGGUCAUGGCCUAUGACCGCUAUGUGGCCAUCUGCCACCCACUACGAUACCCAUCCAUCAUCACUGACCAAUUUGUGACCAAGGCUGCCAUUUUUAUUUUGGCCAGAAAUGCCCUUAUGACUUUGCCCAUUCCCAUUCUCUCAGCAAGACUCUACUAUUGUGAGGAUAAUGUCAUUGAGAAUUGCAUCUGUGCCAAUAUGUCUGUCUCCAGGCUCUCCUGUGAUGAUGUCACUAUUAAUCGCCUCUAUCAAUUUGCUGGAGGUUGGACCCUACUAGGAUCUGACCUCAUCCUCAUUUUCCUCUCCUACACCCUCAUACUGCGAGCUGUGCUGAGACUCAAGGCUGAGGGAGCUGUGACCAAGGCUCUAAGCACAUGUGGCUCCCACUUCAUCCUUAUCCUUUUUUUCAGCACCAUCCUCCUGGUCUUUGUCCUCACUCAUGUGGCUAAGAAGAAGGUCUCCCCUGAUGUGCCAAUCUUGCUCAAUGUCCUCCAUCAUGUCAUCCCUGCAGCCCUCAACCCCAUUGUUUAUGGGGUGCGAACCCAGGAAAUCAAGCAAGGAAUCCAAAGACUACUGAAGAAAGGGUGGUAA